AUGGAUGAACUAGAACGAGGUGAGCUGAGAGAAGAUGUGAACCAGCUGAAAGUACAGAUGGCUCAAAUGCUGGAGAUUCUACAAUCGCUGGAAAAGAGGAACACAGAUGGGACCCCUUCAGCUGUAAAUGACGAACAAGUAGCUACACCAUCCCACCCACCUGGCUUUCCCCUAAUUCCUAUGCAGCUCCAAAGUUCCAACCCUCAAGGAGUACUAAUGCCACUUACGGUAUACCCAAAUAUUCCCAUACAACCACCAAUCAUAAACCCACAAGAAGUCCAUGUACCACCAUUCCCUCCAUACGGCCUACCUCCAGGAUUUGUACCACCACAAGCCACUAAUCCUCCAGAUGGUAACACAUCAACUCCUACCCUAAACCCUACUCAACCGCAAGGUCCUCAUCCAAAUUCAAUCGAAAAUCCACAAACAGAAACACCAUUCCCUGUUAGUAGUGCACCGAUGGUUCCACCUAUCUUAAACACACAAAAUGUAUCCCAACCACACUCCAAUCCUGUAUAUGUGGCAACAAAUAACCCUCAUGGAGUUUCUCAUGACACAUCGAAUAACUCUUCAAUUGGAAUUCUUCAAUCUAUGGGGAAAUUGGAAGUUUUGGAAGAAAGGUUGAGAACUAUAGAAGGGGGAAGUAAUUAUGGCCUUGGAAACGCAUCUGAACUUUGUCUGGUUCCUAAUGUUGUUAUUCCCCCAAAAUUUAAAGUACCUGAUUUUGACAAGUAUAAAGGGACCACUUGCCCAAAGAGUCAUCUGACCAUGUAUUGUCGAAAGAUGGCCUUAUAUGCCCAAGAUGAGAAUUUGUUGAUCCAUUUUUUCCAGGAUAGCCUGAAGGGGGCAGCUUCGAAUUGGUACACGCACCUUGAGCGAGCACAUAUACGUUGUUGGAAAGAUUUGGCUGAUGCUUUCCUGAAGCAAUACAAGUAUAACAUUGAUAUGGCUCCUGAUAGACUGCAGCUACAGAAUAUGACAAAGAAAGAUGUUGAGUCUUUUAAAAAGCAUGCUCAACGAUGGAGGGAAUUAUCUGCACAAGUUGACCCCCCAUUGUCAGAAAAGGAAAUGGUUGCUACAUUCAUCGAUACCCUCCAAUCAUCGUUCUAUGACCGGAUGAUCGGAAGCGUGUCAUCAAAUUUUUCUGACAUUGUCAUAAUAGGAGAAAGGGUAGAAAACGGAAUAAGGAGUGGCAAAAUCACUCCUAAUUCCAUGGAGGCUGUUAAUAUGAAGAAACCUUCAACUGGGAUAGGAAGAAAAGAAGAAGGAGAAACUCAUGUUGUGACUUUCAAUCAGCAAAGGUUUACGCAAGGCAAGCCUAACCCAACAUAUAGUAACCCUCAGCCAAGUUUUCAAACACCUUUCACUAAUUACCCUGAUGUGGCCAAUACUUCACAUACCCCAUAUCCCCAACCUUACCACUCAACAACACCCUACCACUCACCACCUCCUUCCCAGCCACAAACAUUUUCAACCGUACCAUCACGACCACCUCAAUCAUGGGCUCAAAAUUCAAAUCCAAAUCAAAGAAGAACCCCAAAUAACCAAGAGAGGAAACCAUUUAAAUUUGACCCAAUUCCCAUGUCUUAUACCGAGCUUUCACCACACCUCAUCCAAAGUUCACUUGUUGUUCCAUGUCCCAUGAAACCACUUGAGCCUCCUUACCCUAGAGGAUUUGAUGUGAAUGCUAAAUGUGAUUAUCAUGCUGGAAUUAUGGGCCAUUCUACUGAAAAUUGUAAUGCUUUAAAGUUUAAG